UGCACUGCUGACUAGCCUGGAGUCUUCAAAGCUCAAAUUGUGAAGCUGUCAGCUAGGGUAUCAUAUCAUAUCAGUGGCUGCACACCGCUGUUCUUUCACAAGCCAAGAUUUUUGUCCCAAAUCUUGAAUCUUUAUCACCAUGGUAGCCAAGAGCAAUAGCCUGCUUGUUUUAUUGGUCACUGUGCUAAGCUGCAGCUUCAGCUUGGUGAGGUUUGCAGAGUCCAAGGUGCCCCAAGAUGAAAUUGAUGCUCUCCAAGAAAUAACUAGUACGAUGGGUGCAAAGUUUUGGAAGUUUAAUGGUGAUUCUUGCAAAAUUGAAAUGGUUGGGGUAACAGCAGAUCCGCCAAAAGGAUCUGAGGGUAACAUUACUUGUGACUGCAACAACACUGUCUGUCACGUCGUAACGCUAGCUCUCAAGGGUUAUAGUCUACCUGGCAUGCUUCCACCUCAACUGGUCAAACUUCCUUACCUUAAAGAAAUUGAUUUAUCGCUCAAUUAUCUUAAUGGUACAAUACCAGGAGAAUGGGGUGCAAUGCAAUUAACAAGAAUCUCUCUUCUUGUAAAUCGCUUAUCAGGGGAGAUUCCAAAGGAGUUGGGAAAUAUUACUACUCUCACAUACCUGACUCUUGAAGCAAAUCAGUUCUCUGGAGUUGUUCCUCCUGAGCUUGGGAAUUUAAUCAACUUGGGAACUCUGAUGUUGUCCUCCAAUCGUUUGACCGGAAAGUUACCAGUGGCAUUGGCUAGGCUAAGAAAUUUAACAGACUUUAGAAUAAACGAUAAUAACUUCAAUGGAACGAUACCUGAUUUCAUACAGAAUUGGGAAAAACUUAAGAGAUUAGAAAUGCAUGCAAGUGGGCUUCAGGGACCCAUCCCCUCCAACAUAUCUCUUUUGAGUAAUUUACAAGAGUUGAGGAUUAGCGAUAUAAAGGGGCCACAGCAGGGUUUUCCUACGUUGACAAAGAUGACAGGCCUAGUGAGAUUGGUUCUCAGAAACUGCAACAUUUCUGGAGAGAUUCCUCCAUACAUCUGGACGAUACAAAACCUGGAAAUGUUGGACGUCAGUUUUAACAAGUUAGUAGGGGAAGUUCCAGACACUAUAAACUUAGAGCGUUUGAGAUUCCUGAUUUUAACUGGAAACUCUCUGAGUGGAAGUGUACCUGGCUCAAUCUUCAAGGAUGGAAGUAAUGUUGAUCUUUCAUACAAUAACUUUACAUGGCAAGGCCCUGAGCAACAUACUUGUCAGGACAACAUCAAUCUAAACCUGAACUUGUUUCGAAGCUCUUCAACAGAGAAUAACUUAAGGAGAGGUCUUCCAUGCUUGAAGGAUCUCAACUGCCCACGCUAUUCAACUUGUUUACAUGUUAAUUGUGGUGGAAAUGACGUCACCAUCAAAGAAAAUAAUGGAAACAUUGUGUAUGAAGGAGACGGAGGAGUUGAAGGUGGCGCUGCAGAGUAUUCCUUUAAUGGUGAUUAUUUUUGGGGAUUUAGUAGCACUGGAGACUUCAUGGAUGAC